AUGGAAGCUACUGGCGCCGUUAACGAGCACACAGGCCGGGAGCAAUACUCCUUGUCGGAAAGGGGGGCAUAUAACUAUGCCCACCGGGACAUCUGGGGCCCUAGGGAAAAGUCGAUGGCGAAUCUGUGGUCACCAGAAAAUCCGGAUGGGCUAGUAAGCCUGUUACUUGCGGAGAACAACAUCCUGCAUGAUGAGAUAUCCGAGUUUUUCAAGCAACAGGUACAAUUCCUACGAAAAUGUGUAAAAAUCAAAAUCAUUCCCGAACAUCACCUCACCUAUGGGCUUGGCCCUCGAGGAUCCCGCCGUCUCCGCCGUGCUGCGGCUGCAUUCGUGAAUGACGAACUUGGUGCUGUCGAUAAGGUCGUGAGUGAUGAUAUCAUCGUGACUCCAGGCUUGAAUAGCGCCAUAGAAUCACUGGUGUGGACUAUCUGCGACCCUGGUGAGGGCGUCCUUGUUCCGAAACCACUCUAUAACGGAUUUGCGAUCGAUAUUCUCAAUCGGAAUGAAACACAUCUCGUGGGAGUCGGCUAUGAGGAUGUUGACGGCUACCGGGAACUGGAUGACUUGUUCAAGCCCGACAUUAAUCGGUUAGCUCUUGAGAAGGGUUUGAGGGAAGCGGAAAAGCGUGGAAUCAAAAUUCACGCUCUCCUGAUAUCGCACCCGCAUAACCCUCUUGGACGUUGCUACCCGACGGAAACGCUGCUAGAAUUUAUGGCCUUCUGCAGCCGAAACCACCUCCAUUUUAUUUCUGAUGAAAUUUAUGCUAGGUCCGUCUUCCGUAAUCCGGAUUUGCCGAACCAGGUCCCUUUCGUAUCGACUGCUUCUCUGUCGCCCAACCCGCUCGGUUCAAACUUCCACCACAUACUGUAUGGUGCAAGUAAGGACUUGUGCGCCAACGGAUUGCGGUUAGGCUUUCUGUGCACAAGAAACAAAGGUGUCUUAGCUGCAAUGUCGAGCAACAAUUUUUUCUCUUGGUCACCUCAUGUUCUUCAGGAUGUCUGGGCCGCUAUGCUGGAAGAUAAGCAAUGGUUCGAAACCAUGAUGCAGAAAAAGAACAAGUUGAUGGCCGAGCAAUACGCGAUUAUCAAUUCGUUCUUCCACACGCGCAAUAUCUACUCUUUCCCUAUGAACGCCGGUCUAUUUGUUUGGGUGGAUUUUCGACGACUGUUAUUGUCCAAAUCGUUACGGGGCAAAUCGGACUAUGGAGCUCUGAGGACAAAAGGUGGCAGCGCUAUCUACAAGCAACGUGAAACAGAGAUUGCAGAUAUUUGCACUCGAAAUGGUGUGCAGAUAGCACCUGGCAGCAAGUUCGAGUCGGAGGAGUAUGGUUGGUUCCGUAUCACGUUUACAGUACCAAGAAAUGUGCUCGAAGAAGGUUUGCGUCGUCUUGCGAAGUCAUUGAAAGAAAUUGAGGCGGUAGAGUGGGAGUAA